AUGAAGCGUAACUACGGUAAUCGCGUAGACCCAAGCCCAGCACCAGUAUACCAAAAUCAACUUGGUCAUGUGAGCUCUAUGGGCCACGUCGACUUUGAUACGAUCAGCGAAGAGGUCGUGGCCAAGAAGGGUCGUCUCGGCCUCACACCAAUCACGCUCACCCAGGUCAUGUUUCCUAUCUGGCAAUCCAAAGGCUUCAAAUUGCUGUCGAAAGAAGAGGUACAAGCACUGACACCCGGAAAAGAGCGCAAGGGCAGCCUCACCCCCAAGAGAGAGCGCAAGGCCAGCAGGGCCACAGACGACCCCACCCUCAAGCCGGCGCCGCAACUUCAACAAAACCCCCGACCUCCAGGCCAACAGCAAGAGAUCGCGCAGAAACACGAUUUCCACCCCUCUCACCCCCGAAGUUAA